AAGGAGGCCCACUUCCUUCCUUCCUUUCUGGGAACCCAACUCUCUCCCCUUAACCCUUCCUUGCCCAGCUGGGAGAAGAGAGUUUGCUCCUUUGGCCUCUCCUUCCUCCUCUUCUUCCUCACAGUGGUUCCAAAAUGGAGAGACCCAACUCACCUGGACUUGAAGGCAACGGGGAAAUCUGGGAAAUGUUCCCGAAUACGCACAUGCAGCGCCAGUGCUUCAGGCAGCUCUCCUACCACGAGGGCGAGGGGCCCAGAGAGACUUGCAGCCGCCUCCACGAUCUCUGCCGCCAGUGGCUGAAGCCAGAGCAACACACCAAGGCUGAGAUGCUGGACCUGGUGAUCCUGGAGCAGUUCCUGAGCCUCCUCCCCCCAGAGAUGGGGAGCUGGGUCCGAGAGUGUGGGGCAGAGACCUCUUCCCAGGCGGUGGCCCUGGCGGAAGGCUUCCUCCUGAGUCGGGCAGAGGACAAGAGGCAGGAAGGACAGGCCCAAAAUAACUGCCCAGAAGUCCAGUCUAAUGCCCCUGCAUCAGAGAAAUCUCCAUCAAACACCACCCAGAGCCUCAGGCCGAAGGAACUCAAGCAGGAAGGAGAUGGAGCUGCAGCCUUGGAGGAGGCUGGAAUGAUGUUGUUGCCAAAUCCUCAAUCGUUUCUUCCUCUUUGUGAUGGAGUGGAACUGAAUCAGGGCCCAAUCGCCUUUGAGGACGUGGCUGUCCAUUUCUCCCCGGAAGAGUGGGCUCUUCUGAAUCCUGAUCAGAAAGUCUUGCACGUGCAGGUCAUGGAGGAGAUUAAUGGGAUUGUGGACUCUCUUGUAGAUAAUGGUGAGAAGAGCCAAGUAUGCACCAAAUGCAAAAAGCAUUUGGGACACAAUAGGGGCUUUCAUACACACCAGCAAACCCAGAAUGAAGAUGAAGAUUCAACCAGUGAAAAGCCCUACAAAUGCAAUGUAUGUGGUCAAUGUUUCCCCCAAAAUGUGGCACUUGUGCUUCACAAGACAUAUGAUGCUGGGACAAGCCAUCAUAAAUGGAAAAUAUCAGCAAAAUGUGUGGUUGAUUACAAAUUGCCAGAUCUGUGCCAACAAGAAAUCUUUGAAGGAAAUAACGAUUUCAUGAGUAAGGAGUGUGAGAAACCAUACAAAUGCAAGGAAUGUGGAAAAUGUUUUGUUCAAAGUUCGUCCCUUGUGAGCCACCAGAGAGUACACACUGGAGAAAACCUAUAUAGUUGCCCAUAUUGUGGGAAAUGUUUUCCUUCCAGUUCAAGUUUGGUGAAGCACAAAAGACUUCAUACAGGAGAGAAGUCAUUCCAAUGCCAGGAGUGUGGGAAUUGUUUUUCUUGCAGUUCAGCCUUGGCGAAGCACAAAAGGCUCCACACAGGAGAGAAGCCAUACCAAUGCCAGGAGUGUGGGAAAUGUUUUGUUUACAGCUCACAAUUGCUGAGCCACAGAAGAGACCACACAGGAGAGGAGCCAUACCAAUGCCAGGAGUGUGGAAAAGGUUUUGCUAACAGUUCAAACUUGUUGAGGCACAAAAGACUCCACACAGGAGAGAAACCAUACCAAUGCCAGGAAUGCGGAAAAUGUUUUGGUCAAAGUUCAUCCCUUGUGAGCCACCAGAGAGUCCACACCGAAGAAAACCCAUAUAGUUGCACAGAUUGUGGGAAAUGUGUUUCUUCCAGUCCAAGCUUGGUGAGGCACAAAAGACUCCACACAGGAGAGAAGCCAUACCAAUGUCAGGAGUGUGGGAAAUGUUUUGCUGACAGUUCAGCCUUGGUGAGCCACCAAAGGCUCCACACAGGAGAGAAUCCAUACCAAUGCCAGGAGUGUGGGAAACGUUUUGCUUUCAGUUCAUGCUUGGUGAGGCACGAAAGACUUCACAGAGGGGAGAAGCCAUACCGAUGCCAGGAGUGUGGGAAAUGUUUUGCUGAAAGUUCAAACUUGUUGAGGCACAAAAGACUUCACACAGGGGAGAAGCCAUACCAAUGCCAGGAGUGUGGAAAAUGUUUUGCUUCCAAUUCAUGCUUGGUGAGGCACAAAAGACUUCACACAGGGGAGAAGCCAUACCAAUGCCAGGAGUGUGGAAAAUGUUUUGCUGCCAGUUCAGACUUGGUGAGUCACAAAAGACUCCACACAGAAGAGAAUCCAUACCAAUGCCAGGAGUGUGGGAAAUGUUUUGCUUCCAGUUCAGGCUUGGUGAGGCACAAAAGAUUUCACACAAGGGAGAAGCCAUACCAAUGCCAGGAGUGUGGAAAAUGUUUUCCUUACAGUUCAGGCUUGGUAAGUCACAAAAGACUUCACACAGGAGAAAAGCCAUACAAAUGCCAGGAUUGUGGGAAAUGUUUUGCUGAUGGUUCAGCCAUGCUGAGGCACAAAAGACUCCACACAGGAGAGAAGCCAUACCAAUGCCAGGAGUGUGGGAAAUGUUUUUCUUCCAGUUCAUAUUUGGUGAACCACAAGAGGCUUCACACAGGAGAGAAGCCAUACCAAUGCCAGGAGUGUGGAGAAUGUUUUGCCCGCAGUUCUUAUUUGGUGAACCACAAAAGGCUUCACACAGGAGAGAAGCCAUAGCAAUGCCAAGAGUGUGAUACAUGUUUUCCUUGCAAAUCAUCACUUCUGCGACACCAGAGCAUCCACACAGGAAAGAAACCACACAAAUGUGAGGAAUGUGGAAAAUGUUUUAUUCAGAGUUCAUCCCUUUUGAGCCACCAGAGAAUUCAUAGAGGAGAAAAACCAUCCAAAGUGUUGGACAAAAGUAAUUAAAUGAAUUUCAACAGGGAAAAUGCAGGUUGGGGACAUUCUGGUUCUGUAGACAUUUCAGCAUUUUCCGAUCAACCUGUGUGAUUCUCUUGGCUUCAAGUAGCACUUGGCCUGACUUUGGACUGAUGUCUUAGACAACUCUCUCCUUGGUUUUGAACGCUGUUUGUUUGUUUGUUUUGUUUUUUUACUUGGGACUGUUUUGGAGAACUCUUUUGCUUCUCUGGAAACUGGUAUCACCAUGGGACUGGACUGUCUUUCCCGUGGUUGGCUUUUGUGGGUAAAGAUCUGAUUUCACACAGAACCCUUUGAGAAGUUCUGCUUAAGAUUUGGUGGAGUCCCUGUUCUUGUCAUUUGAAUCCAUAAGUGGAGGUCCUGUUCUUGGAGCAGUAGAAAGCAACCUCCCUGUUGCAAUUCUUUAGAGGGUUAUAUAUGAUGUCACCUAUUCUGAAGUGGAGCUACAAUGGUGAAAUGGGUUAAACACUAGUGCCGGCUGGACUGCUGAGCUGAAGGUUGGGUUGCUGACUUGAAGGUGACCAGUUCAAAUCUUCGAGUCGAAGUGAGCUCCCAUCUGUCAGCUCUAGCUUGUGGGGACAUGAGAAAAGCCUCCCAGAAGGAUGGUAACACAUCCGGGCGUCCCCUGGGCAAUGUCUCUGUUGACAGCCAAUUCCCUCAUACCAGGAGCAACUUGCAGUAUGUUCUCUAGUUGCUUUAGACAUGAUAAAAGAAACCCUAUUGUUAAAAAAAAUGUAAAUCCAUCAAUUGUUCCUGUUUGGGCUUAGUUUCCAGCUCCUUUACCACCUUGGUUGCAAAUGUCCAGUCUGUGAAUGUUGUUUUUCAGCCGGGAUUCCAGAAUUGAACACAGUGUUGUUGAGGCCAAGCCAAAGAUAAAUAUGCUUACACUAUUAUUUCCCUUGACGUAAAAAUUAUAUUUCUGGCUAAAAUUUACUGUCUGUUUCCCUGCUCCUGGCACACAUACUUUUAAUGCACAUUAAAUUUAAAAAACCCACAAAUCUCAUUAUUUUAGAAUUAACCAAGUUAUAUAUCAUUGAUUUUGUUAUAGACUAUCAUAAUUUGAUCUAUUUUGCAAAAAUUUAGUCCCUGGAUCUUAUACGAGGCUUAUCCGGAAAGUAACGCUACAAGAUUUUUCUUAAAAUACAAAGAAUGAAUAUACAUUAGAAUCUCACUUAUCCAACAUAAACGGGCCAGUAGAACGUUGGAUAAGUGAAAAUGUUGGAUAAUAAGGAGGGAUUAAGGAAAAGCCUAUUAAAUGUCAAAUUACAUUAUGAUUUUACAAAUUAAGCACCAAAACAUCAUGUUUUGGAACAAAUUGACAGAAAAAGUAGUUCAAUACAUGGGAGCAAUUACUGUAUUUAUGAAUUUAGCACCAAAACAUCGCAAUGUCUUGAAAACAUUGACUACAAAAACAUUGACUACUAAAAGGCAGACUUCGUUGGAGAAUACAGAAAUUUGGAUAAGUGAAGGUUGGAUAAACGAGACUCUACUGUAUUGUAAUAAAACUUACGUGGAUGAUAGCAUAGGUGUUGGAGGCUGGCUCGGAGGGAAAGUAAAGAAUUCCAAGAGAGCAAUAAAACAAGCCUUUUAUUGUUACCACAGCUGAUGAUAAGGCAAACAGCCGUAGGCACCCACUUUAAUGGGUCCGUACCAUGCAAAUGGCCGUCGCAACAUGUGAGUAGCAAACAAAGAAUAUAUACCUUUGGCUUAUCUAAAAUUCUCCCGCCUGAUGGAGAAGUGACAACAUUGUGGUCUGUUGUGAUGACCCCCAAUCCAUUUUACAUCAGGCCCCCUUUUCGCCAUGGCGCACAUGCUCCAUCUCCUUGGAAGGAGAGGGUUUAAAGCAGGCUUAGGCAAACUGCGGCCCUCCCUCCAGGUGUUUGGGACUUCAACUCCCAGAAUUCCUGGGCUCAGGCAUUCUUGGAUGACACUGAUUUUCUAGAUUCAAUGCAAUCUGGCUUUAGGCCAGGACAUGGUACCAAGACAGCCUUGGUCGCCUUAAUCGAUGAUCUACGCUAACUGGAUAGGCGGAGUUUUUCCUUACUGGACCUCUCAGUGGCCUUCGAUACUGUCGAUCACGGUAUCCUUCUGGGGCAGCUUGUGGGGAUGGGUUUCGGAGGUACUGUCUUGCAGUGGCUCCGGUCCUUCCUGGAGGGUCGUUCUCAGAUGGUGUCACUGGGGGACACCUGCUCAGCCCCACAACCAUUGUCUUAUGGGAUCCCGCAGGGGUUGGUAUUGUCCCCCAUGUUGUUCAACAUCCAUGAAGCCGCUGGGAGAGAUCAUCAGGAGUUUUGGGGUGCGGUGUCAUCUGUACGCAGAUGAUGUGCAGCUCUGUCACUCCUUCCCACCUGUCACUAAGGAGGCUGUUCAGGUCCUGAACCGGUGCUUGGCCGCUGUGUCGGACUGGAUGAAGGCGAACAAAUUGAAAUUGAAUCCAGACAAGACAGAGGUCCUCCUGGUCAGUUGCAGGGCCAAACAGGGCAUAGGGUUACAGCCUGUGUUGAAUGGGGUCGCACUCCCCCUGAAGACACAGGUUCGCAGUCUGGGUGUUCUCCUGGACUCAUCACUGAGCCUGGAGCCCCAGGGGAGCAUUUACACAACUAAGACUUGUGCACCAGCUGCGCCCAUACCUUGGGAAGUCUGAUUUGGCCACGGUGGUCCACGCUCUGGUUACAUCCUGUUUGGAUUACUGCAAUGCUCUCUACGUGGGGUUGCAUUUGAAGAUGGCUGGGAAGCUCCAAUUAGUACAUUGGGCGGCAGCCAGAUUAAUAACUGGGGCGGCAUACAGGGAGAGUAGCACCCCCAUGCUAAGCAAGCUCCACUGGCUGCCAAUAUGCUACCGAGCCCAAUUCAAAGUGCUGGUUUUGAUCAAUAAAGCUCUAAACAGUUCUGGCCCAAUCUACUUGUCGCAACGUAUCUCCUCCUAUGAGCCAGUAAGAUCCUUAAGGUCAUCAGGUGAGGCCCUGCUCUCUGUCCCACCUGCCUCGCAAGCAUGGCUGGUGGGAACAAGGGACAGGGCCUUCUUAGUGGUGGCUCCCCGGCUGUGGAACUCCCUCCCCAGAGAUAUUCAACAAGCCCCAACCCUUCUGGGCUUCAGAAGAGCCCUAAAAACAUGGUUAUGUGCUCAGGCGUUUAAUGAAUAAAUGACAAAGAUGACAUGGACCGAUUUAUGGCUAAAACAAGAGGUUUUCUUGGACGAAUGGAUCUAACCAUAUUUUAAAUUUUUAUAUUGUAUUUAAUAGUUUUUAAUUGAUUUUAUGUACUAUUGUGAUUUUUUAAACUAUGUGUAGGCAUUGAAUUGUUAUUUGUUGUAAGCCUCCCUGAGUCCCCUCGGGUGAGAAGGGCAGGGUAUAAAUGUUGGAAAUAAAUAAAUCAUCAUCAUCAUCA